GCUAACUAUCAUCUAUUGUAAACUAGUGGUUUCAUUUCGUUCAUGAUGUGCGGGAUCUCUGUAUUCUACAUGCGCUUCUAUGCUCUCAUACUCCCGCAAGAGCAGAUGUCGGACAUACAUGAUUGUAGUGUCAAUGAGGCUAUCAAGCAAUACUUUCAACGACGGUUGUUCUGUAAUUGCUCUCCGAAAUUCAGCUACACGACGCACAUCAGCAUUAGAUGGCGUUUGCCGAUCGCGAUGGCAAUCUCGGAGUGGAUGACCCCGGGACUUUGGCGCGAACGCAUUGCAUACCCUUUCCCCCCAUGCUCGCUGCGUGUCUCCGGGUGUCGAGAGUUCACUGUCAUUGACGAUGCGACGAGAAACGAUUUCGAGAGUGAUCCGUGGAUGACAGUCGUUUCGUUUUACACCACUCCCAUCGACUUGUGGCAAGACGGUCAAGGGUCUGGUGGCCGUGGUCAAGGGUCUGGUGGUGGUCUGAGUGGUCGAGGGUCUAGUGGUGGUCAGCGGACCCGCACACAAGAUACAGUGCGGCAGGCAGGUUCGGGGGAGAGGUCUGUGCAUGGACAAGCAGAUAAAGUUCCCGUCAUAGACUACAAAGAUAAAUUCUGGAUGUUGGACUGGGUGGGCGAGGCGGGGCAGACUGGAAGUGGUUUGAUGUUGUACGUGGUGUUCAGAGAAGAUAUUAGACCGAUAGGUGGUAUUCAAUUUUGGGCAGGGAGGGGUGAUCAGCUCGCCACUUUCGAGUUAACUAUGCAACUCAACGACAAAGGUCACAUAGUUGCAGAGACGAACCAUGUUGUUCUCAUGUGGAGAAACCACAAGGGAUAUGGUAAGUCACUUGUGGAUGUUUUCAAUCCUGAUCCGGAUAGCCGACUCCGGUUACCUGACCUCCGCCAAGUUCUCGUGUUCUUUGACACGAAUUCGGUGGAGGGCCAUCGCCCGGUGGCCCACAAAGAAGACACUAUUACGGAACCGAAAAGUGUUAUGUCAUCGGCGCGUCCGACUGUGGGUGCCAUAACGAUUCGGCAGCCAUUAGUGACCACGCCCGCCGUCCGGGAAGAGAGACAACACGCUCUCAUAUCCACGCCGGUGGUCCCUCGAGCGGGACAAAUCGCUGCCAAGGGUCCGGCUCAUGCUCAGGCUCCGCCGUCGACUCCGAAGAAAUUCCGUUCGGUUAGAGUGAAAGAGCCGCUGUCCGUGUUACAUGACAUUGUGCGUACAUCAAGCAUGUGUGCCGAACCUAUGUAUGGUGCUGUGCACCGUGGUGUGCAGCCUUUGUAUUUCGGUUAUCCGGGAGAGGGGAGCAGUGGCGAAGAAAAUCAGAUCCGGCUGUGGCUUGCGCGACUCAAUCCAAAUGUUUAUCCAUCGAGAGUGGACAUAAGGACGAACGAGGUUUUUCAGGAGCUCAAGGCAUUGCGAAGACUUGAGUACUUGGAAGAAUUUUAUGACAGACAAACAAGUCCGGCAUUUGGAUAUAACUGGCGCAUUGAUGAGGGCGACGAGACCGGUGGGAAAAGGGGACAAGACCCUAGCGGUGGAGCGAGUGGAGAGGGAGGUGAACACCCAAGUGGUGACGAGGGCGGAGGUGACGAGGGAGGAUGUGAUAAGGGAGGUGAUAAGGGAGGGAGUGGUGAGGGUGGAGGAACAUCUGAAGCGCCAGGGUAUAGUCAGCCAACAACAGGCACAUCAGAAGGGCAAGCCCAUCAUCACCAUGAGAGAAGCGCCAGUGGUGUAGGAGGGCACAUCGACAUUCGUGGUUUGCCGCAGGUCAAGCUGUCUACUGCAGUGGAACAGGUUGACAAAGGAUAUGAAGGUGGGCAAAGUGUCACCACAACAGUCACAGCUGUCACAGUGACAGAUAAUGAAUGGUGUGAUGGCAGUGGCACAAGUGUCUUCCCCGUUGGCGAGAAAGGCAAUAUUGGUAGCCCACAAGGCCAAAUGUGGAUGUCUAUGGAUAUUUUGCCAUAUGGGUUGGGAAGCCAAGGGCGGCUCAGGGCACCAUUGGAUGAAACCAUGUAUCUGGCAGAAACGGAACAGCAACUCGAGGCUCACACUCCACUUGAUGAAGAGACACUCAGAGGCGACUUAGAGAUUCCUGCAGAAUUUCAAAGUCCGAUAUCAGAGGAGAAGGCACAACGAGGGUCUCAAGAGGCGGGUACUGUAACAGGCUACCAGGAGGAAGCUAUGCUUGCAGAGGAGAUGGAACCGGGCGGCGAGCCUAACAGUCCAUUUGAUGAAGACAUCCCUGGCAGCGACUUCCAUACUGGUACUGGAGGGUCUCAGGAUUCACCUAUUGUAUUCGAUACUGCUGGGAAGAACGACACUCUUGAGGGACUUGUUGCGAAAGAAGCAAUUCAAGUGCCGGACAUCGAAGAGGAUGAAAGACAUAGUGUACUGACUACUCCAGAGCAACAGACACCUGUGGAGGAAGGACGAGAAAGUGCACUUCGAACUCCUGUGCAGCAGUUCAGCCCAUCUGUCAAAGUGAUAAACAUCGAAGACUCCCCUUUCACAUCAAGACAAUUCGAAGAUGCAAAAGAAGACGGUGCAAGGGAAAACCGCAGCUAGUCGCCGAGGUGAACACUUACCUUACGAAGUUAAUAUAUGUGUAAUAUUGUACCUAGAACGAGAAAUGAUUUUCCGGUUUUGCAUGUUGCUGUGCAUUGGAACUGUUCCAUGUUUAUUUGCAUAUAUGUAGUGUGCCUUAUAGUGCAUCCGAAUCGGUAAAUGAAGCACACGAUCGACU